AGAUUCCGCGCGAUUGGCGUAGUUGAUUUGUACGUGGACGCGAAUUAUCCGAUUGAUUGAAGUUUGCUGAUUGAAAUUUCACGAUCAUCGUUUUUCGAGGACUGCUGCUUAUUUCGAGAAAUCGAGGAUAAUACAUAUUUGCUUGCGAUCGGAAUCGACGAACUAAAAAAAUGGCGGGAUGAUCGUGAGGACAACGACGACGACGACGAGAAAGGGCUCGUCUGUGAGCGUCUUAUCGCACAAAUGCUGCAGGCAAUGAGCCUCAGCAAGUCCGACAACGUGUCUGACGAUGACAAGAUGGCCGAGCAGAUGACGUGCUUGCCGCCAUCUCGGGAUUUCACGAUCGGGCCGUUCCUCAUGACGUCAGACGGCGACGACGGGUCCGACAUCAACAAAAACGACGCCCCUAUUCAUCAUCAUCAUCAUCUUCAUCAUCACAAGCCCACGCUUUCCACGAAAAUCAAAACGAUUCGUCGCAAGUCUUCCAAGCAAUCCCAGCUGAUGGACAAUAAAGCGGGGAUCAGUCCGCAGCGCAGCAGAAGGCUCUCGAUUCUGGGCCGGGUUGCGCUUGCCCGGGCCCGCUUCAAACGGGUUUCCGCGUCCCGGGAAAGCAUUCGCAAGUGCUACAGCCGAUACCCACUCGAUUUCCACAGCUUCUUGUACCACGGGUUCCAGCCAUUGAGAUGGUGGGGUCUGUUGUGCGGGAUGUUCCCGUUGGUGAAGGACAGUUCGGAGGCGACUUUAACCCCUUACGCCAUUGUGGGUGCCCCGAAACUCAGGUUCCGCUGGGAACGGGUGCAUGUGGUCUACGGACUGAGUCUGAUUGGGUUCUCAGUGUAUUUGAGCACCCGGGGUGUCACCAAGUGGUUGAACCCGGGUCAGAACUGCUUCGAGGCCCUGGGCACGAAUCUAAGCAUUGCCACUGUGGUGACCAAGUUUGACCACUGUGUCCAGGGAUCCACAGAAAUGUUGGCAGUGCCCAGCGCCCUGCUCACCAUGAUCUGCUUCGCGCUCCACUUCAAGCGCAUGGAGGAGUACUUCAACCGGUGGCAAAAGUUCGAGAUGAACAAGCACUACAUCGCCGCUGCCAUGGAAAAGUACGUGAAACGCGCCCUGCUCGUCACCUACUCGGUCGGCACGCUCGUCCUCAUCACCUUCAUGGCGCUCUUCUUCACCAAGGUCGUCAUCGACCCGGUCACGGGCUGCCACCGGGAUGCCUGGGGCGUCGUCUGCGCCGUGGCCCGGAACGCCAUCCGAGUCUUUGGCGCGCAUUUCGUCGACGCGUUCUUCCUCUAUCUCACGCUGAGUGUCGCCACUUGUUUCGAGGCGCUCAAGGCCGAGAUCCUGCGCGUGUUGCGGACGGAGACCGGGGCGAACCAGUGUUUGUUGGUGAGACGGAUCGCGCAUGCGAGGAGGACGUAUUUGAGUCUCUGCGAGUUUGUGGAGAUGAUCGAGGGCCUGUUUACGCCGCAGUUGUUGUUCACCGUCGUGUUUCUCACGUACUUUUGCAUCGCCAAUUUGUACCUGGUGGUGAUUUUGGCGAGUUUCGGCGGGGACACGGUGGAGAUUGUGUGCUACACGUUCAUUUUCGCCGAGGUCACGCUGAGGCUCUUGGUGUUUUCUAUUGCCGGGAAUCUCAUGUGCUCCAAGUCGGAGGAGAUCCAGAAGAUCCUGCAGCAUCUGGACAGCUCACAUUGGCCGAAGAAUGCGCAAAAGCAGCUGGAAUUUUUCAUCCUUUCCACCAUUUCUUUGGGUACACCGAAUAUAACUGCAUCUGGUUUUUUCUCAAUGAGACGACCAAUGUUCACUGCCAACAUUCGAGAUUGUUCUGGAGCUGCAGGAGAGGGCGCUGCUGUGAGCCGGCAAGCCCGGCUUCUAGUAACCUGCAAUGCUGGCGAGGGAGAACCAGUUCCCGGCUUGUCCAGAACAUUCGAGAACUUUCAACGGUUUCCCCUCUCAUCCCCACCAGCCCGAGUCUAUAUAACCCUGCGCCAGUUCUACCAGUGGUAG